ACUUAACACGAGAGUCAGAUAAUUGUUUUCAUUUUGCACACCUAAAAAAAAUGAAGAGAAAACAAACGGUCAGACGAUCACACGAAGUUACCACCAGCACUUCAAUCGCCGGCGAUCAAAAAGCGGUGACAUUCAAACCCAAGUCAAAACCCAAAACCCAACAAAAAUGUAGGACUACGUCGAGAUCAUCAUCAUCAUCAGCACUAUCUUCAUUAAUAUUAAAUACCAACGUUUUGAACAAGUCAUUAUCAUCCACGACAAUGAUGAUGACAUUGAAACCUAAUUUCUUUAGAGUCGAUGCUCUCGAACUUGCUCCUAGAUUGCUGGGCAAGUACCUCCGUAAAGACGACGUCGUUCUGCAGAUUACUGAGGUAGAAGCUUAUAGGUCCACUGAUUCAGCUUGUCAUGGCAGAUUUGGUAUUACUUCAAGAACUGCCCCUAUGUUUGGACCUGGAGGACAUGCAUAUGUUUACCUGUGUUAUGGUAUCCAUAGUAUGCUCAAUAUUGUGGCAGACAAAGAAGGAGUGGGAGCAGCAGUCUUAAUCCGUUCCUGUGCUCCAGUUAGUGGAUUGGAGACCAUUCAGCAACGUCGAGGUCUGAAAACCGACAAACCUGUUCUUCUUACUGGACCUGGGAAGAUUGGUCAAGCACUGGCAAUUUCUACAGAAUGGUCCAGCCAUCCUCUUUUUGAGCCUGGUGGUUUAGAAGUACUAGAUGGACCAGAACCGGAAGAGAUACUGAUUGGGCCUCGGGUUGGCAUAGAUUAUGCAUUACCGGAGCAUGUUAAUGCAUUGUGGAGAUUUGCAAUUGCUGGUACAUUGUGGAUAAGUGCUCCUAAAAAUACCCUUCGUCCACCCUGAAUUUAAGGUUGAUGACAGUGAAAUUUUAUAUGGAGUUGCGGCUUUAAUGAGAAGUUGAAGGUUUAUAAAUAUAAUCCUUUUUUUUUUGCCUUCUCUCUGGCUUCAACUCUGAAUAUUAUGAUAUGUAACCUUAAAUAUAUGUAUAUAAACUGAACCCGUGACUGCCAAAAGAUCUUUAUAUAGGUAGCUCUUUUUGCUAAUAUGCUACCACUGAGUAAUUGCAUCUA